AUGCAGGACGGGGACCUGCGCUCGGCCCUGUUCCUUCUGACGCACGCACUGCUCCAGAGGCGCAGAGACGUGUCCAGCGCCCGGAGCCAGAGGCGCGCUGAGGAGCAGAGGCGCAUCCGACAGAGACACUACUUUCUGCAGCGACAGAGGAGGAUGCUCAUGAUGAUGUUGGCAGGAGGCAUCCGCUCCAGCCUCCGACUCCGCACCCGCCCCUGGUCCACCACUCCACAAACUGAUUGGUGGGAGCGAGUCGUCCUGACUGAGUUCCAGCCUGCUGAUUGGCUAGAUAAAUUCCGGAUGAGCCGAGAGACAUUCUUCUACCUAUGCGACAAGCUGCGCCCGCGUCUGACCCGGCAAAACACCUCGUUUCGCCAAGCUUUGCCUGUGGAGAAGCGCGUGGCUGUCGCUCUGUGGAGACUAGCCACAAACGUCGAGUACCGCAUCAUCAGCAACCUGUUUGGGGUGGGCAAGUCGACCGUGUGCAAGUGUGUGAGAGACAUGUGCCAUUCCAUAGUAACGCUGCUCAGUGCGGAGUACAUGCACGCUCCCAACGAACAGGAGUUGGAAGAGUCCGCCCAGAUGUUCUUAUCCAAAAGGGGGUUCCCGCACUGCGUGGCUGCCCUGGCCCCACUCCACAUCUCCAUCAUCAGUCCAUCGCAAAACUCUUCGGACUAUGCUAAUCCCGAAGGCUGGCUCUCCGUGCUUUCACAGGUGGCGGUGAGCGGCCGGGGGCACUUCUGGGACGUGUGUGCCAGUUUCCCCGGUGGGACUGACCCGGUGGAAAUCCUCCAGAACUCCUCUCUGUGGGCCACGGCAGAGCAGGGCGGCUACUCUCCCAGAUCUACACCUACCUUUAUGGGAACACAACUAAAAUACGUCUUUGUAGGGGACCCCUGCUACCCUCUGCAGAGCUGGCUCCUCACUCCCUUUACCAAGCAGAAGAGGAGGCGAUCCCAGGCUCCUGCUCUCGACCAGGGCCAGCGCGCCUUCAACAUGCACAUGCGGAAGGCCCAGCUGGUUGCCGGGGAGGCGAUGCUGAGGCUGAGGGCCCGCUGGCAGUGUCUGAGCAAGAGGAACGACUGCGCCCUGGACGUGCUGCCCACCAUGGUGCUGGCCUGCUGCAUCCUGCACAACAUCUGCGAGACCCACCGCGACACCUUCCAGGAGGAGUGGAGCGAGGAGGUGGCCGAGGCGGAGUACCCACAGCCGCAGCACAGGCCCCACGCCUCCGCCGCUCCGGACCACGCCCAGGCCGAGGAGGUCAGGAGGGUCUUCUGUGAUUACUUUGAACAGCAGGAGCAGUGA